AUGUAUGAUGAAAUUGCGCAAGUGAAGGAAAAAACUAAUAAACUGUUUGAUGCUGUCCUCACUUCAAAUGCUACUAAAAUAGAUGACUUUAUUUUAGUCACUUUUAAUGAUCCAGGUACACAAUUAAGAACAAUAACAAGAGAUAGAAGUGAGUUCAAGCGAGCUUUAGCUGCCAUUAAUGUGGUUGGUGGGAACGACUGUCCAGAAUAUGCAAUGACCGGUAUAGAACUGGCACUGGAAAAAAGCAAACCGAAUUCGUUUUUCUACGUUUUUACAGAUGCCGCGGCUAAAGAUUACGCACUUUUUGAUAAAAUCAAAAGCUUAAGUCUUAAGAAAUCAACUAAGGUGACUUUUUUAUUAACGGGCCAGUGUCCAGAUUUUAAUCCAUCAGGAUUUGUUGUAUUCGACAAACUUGCAGCAGCAACGGGAGGAGAAGUUUUUCAGAUUGAAAAACAUGACAUCAGUAAGAUUAUAGACUACAUUAUUGAAUCUGUAAAAGACGUUAAAACCACGCUGGCACAAAAGUUCUUCGUAGAGGGUUCGGGGAAAACCGUGCAAUUUAAUGUUGACAGUAAAUCAUGGGAUAUUAUGGUAUCUGUAUCAGCAACAACUCCCAAUUUUCGUGUAAUUGGGCCCGAUGGUGCAUUAGUAGGUACAGAAACGGACAAAAGUAUAACAACAAGAAAAACAAGGAUAGAAAAAUUAAAAGUAAUUCCUGGACUACACACUAUUUUCUUAGAUACUAAGGGUGCAACAUCAGUGAUGGUAACCGCUUCAACAUCUGUAACAUUUGAACAUGGAUUUUCGACUAUCCAACCGGAAUCUUUGAAUGAAACCGCUACCAAGCCCGUCCCAAGUAAGAAGUCGUAUUUAGCAAUAUCUUUAGAUAUUUAUAAGAAAGACGUUAAAUUACAAACUGUUGAAGUUCGAGACGAAGACGAUGACGUAAUUUAUACAUUUCCACUUAAGUUGAUCAACGAAGAUACUCAAUUUUAUGUGACGGAAGCGUUUAUACCACCCAGCAAGAGUUUCAAACUAGCGGUUAUCGGCUACACAGAAACUGGGGAGAAAAUUGUAAGAUUGGGAUCGACAACAAUUGAACUACAAGAUGUUGAAUUAGGAAAGGACAUCGUCUAUAAAAAACCUACUGCUACUAUUAUCGGCGGACCUAAACUCCAUGCCGCAUACAACGAAGAACUUACUACUUUUAAUUUGUACAAACAAAAAAAUCGUCUA